CCGUGUGUGCGGAAACUCGCACGGGCUAAUCAGGAAGUAUGGGCUUAACUGCUGUAGACAGUGCUUCCGCAGCAACGCAAAGGAAAUCGGAUUCAUCAAGUACCGUUAAAGAUCCGGUGUUGCUUAUGCAGUUGCUGUCAUUUGGAUUUUUGUUUUUAAAAGCUUUUGAAAUGUUGUACUGGAUCUUAUAAAUGCUUUAUGAUUUCCUCGUUGAACAAUUGAGCUUUCCUUGUUUUAUCAAAUUUUUUGGUUCUACUACAAUAUGAUUAUCUUUUAAAUUUGGAGUUUCUCUUUACGUGGCUUCCGUAUUGGUUGAUUAUUAUCAGACAGGAACGAGAAACAAUAAGUAAUGUCCAUUUCAUAUUUGUAUAGAAAUUGGAUCUCAGUAAGUAAAAAAAGUAGGCACACUAAGUGAGAAAAUUUAGUCGUCAUCUUCACUCAGUCUCUUCUUUUUCACCAUAAUCAAACCGAAAGCUUAAAUUACCGAUUCAAACCGAACUAUCUGAACAAGCAACACUUGGAACAAGCUGAACCAAACCCAACCAAAAAAAAUACGCAAUGAUGCAAAUAGAAGUGGUUUGAGUAUGAAAUGAGCAGCAGCUAUCAGAAGACGCUCGAUUGGCUUUCGUCACUCACUCUCCCGAGGAAAGAUGAGCGUCACUCUUAUGGUCGCAGACGCCGUCUGGUCGAACAUCGAAUCUACCGGCUCAGUGACUGAAGAACAGCUCUCAAUCUUGCAUUUGUUGUUUGGUAAGAAUCUUGAGAAAGCGACCAGAAUCAUCGACAAGAGAGGCGUCAAGAAAAUCUCUGGCUUACCUAGUGGAAGACACAUCUUUCAGGUUGUGGGAGAAUCUCAAAAGAGGGAAGAGUAUCUCUGCUUCCCAGGAGAUUACUGUGGAUGCUAUUCUUUCUUCUACGAUGUUGUUAGCAGAGGAGAGCAACAAUGUUGUAAGCAUCAAUUGGCUGCGAGGCUGGCUUCUUGUUUGGGUACAUACAGCGAAAUUGAGGUCUCAGAUGAGCAUCUUGCCGUGAUGCUUUCAAAGAUCUGAAUCUUUCAAUGUAUUUGUGAAAUUGUGCUGCAAAGUUUUCUCUGAAGAAGACAUACAAGAAGUAUUCAUGCUAGCCAACCCUCCUGUGACAACAAAAAAUCAAUGUUACAAGAAAAUUAAGAGCUUAAUCCUAGUGGGAACCAAAAUUAUGGAUUAGUUUUCUUUUCUUUCAAUUUAUUGUUUUUUCUUUUGUGAAAUAAUUCUUUUUUAUAAAGAUCAGUGUGUAUGGGUUUAAAUUU